ACUCCCGAAAAUCUACCAAAGAUAAGCGAAUGACCACCAACAAGCGAAAGGUUGGUGUUCAUUAUUAUGAGACUGCCAACGUCAAAAACAGAAACCGUAGCAAGGUCAAGCCUGACGGUGGACCGAACAAGAAGAAGCGUAGAGCAUAACUUAGUUUACAUUCCCGAAAUAUGUAAUUUGUUGUUUUUUUUUCUCCAUUUUUUGCUAUUACAAAACCAAAUCAUCAUUCACAUAAAAAGAAAACAAUAUCAGCCUCUGGUUUUCAUUCACAGCCCACUCCAUGACCGAAGCAUCCACUGCAGCCAAACAUGCUGCCAAUGCUACUAAAUCUUCCGCUCCUCCACCCACCGAGGACACACCAUUGCUACCUGUGGCUCCAACGGAAACGGUAGACCACUAUGAGGAAUCGCUAGUGUUCAGUCUCAUAUUUGUUCUUCCGAGCACCAUUUUCUUUGCAAUAACCCUCAUUGCUUGCAUUACCCCCUCGACAUGGUCCGUGUAUCAAUUUUUUGUCAGUCGCUGGCAUUAUUCAGGCUCUCUGCCCUUGACUUGCUGGAUCCUGCUAUACCCUAUUGUUUGGUCACUGCCACCCAUCAUAAACGUCCUGGCUUGGCACGGCAUUUUCAAAAAACCGCUCACCCUCCCUGAGCUACAACCGAAAAUUCCAUCCACCCGAGUGGGCCGACAGCUUCUUGCCUGGUCAAUCCCUCGGGCUCUAUUAUUCCUUAAUAUUGUAUUUCUUAUUGGAUUUGCCAUCACCAUUUUAGUUUCAAAAGAACUUCGUAGCCUGGAAUGGACAGCCGCUCUUGCCGCCAUAUGGGGCGCCUUCGUCCUGACUUGGGUGUCCAGCCAAAUUAAUUUUUAUGCUCGCCGUCGUGUGAAGCGAUUGAUGGACUUGGCAGAAACUGUUCAUCUCGAAGAGGAGCAAGAGGAAAUGGAAGCACGAGAGGCGGCAGAAAGCAGCAACUUGACCGAACCCAUUCAGAGAUCAAGGACAAACAGUACGAGUAGCUCGGGCAAAAGUGAAUUAUUGACCGCAGCUAGCAAGCCAUCCGACAGACCCAAAAUAAUAGCCCGGAUACCGACGAAUCACAAACGUUUAUUACCAGCUCGAAUUCCUCUCUACCGUCUGACAACCGAAACCACUCUCCAUUUAUUAUCGUUUGCCGCCAUCUUUUUGUUUGCAAACACUGUCAUCCGAGCACUGGAGACUUCCAAGCAUCCUCCACCCGGCCAGCGAUUUAUGUCACAAGACGGCACGCUUCUUCACAUUCAUUGCCAAGGAUCAAAUCAAUUAGGAGACUACACAGUACCCACCGUUGUGUUUGAGCCUGGCGCGUCUGUGCUAGCAUCUCACCAUGUCCAGUUUUUAGCCGAACUGGAGAAAGAAGGUAAAAUAGGACGAUAUUGCUGGUACGACCGUGCUGGGUAUGGUUGGUCUGCAAGUGGUGCUCUGCCAGCAACGGCAGAAUAUGCCGCCGAUCAGGCAUACGAACUCCUGGUGCAGCAAAUGAAGGAAGACCAUAUGGUUCUUGUUGGUCAUAGUUAUGGAGGCAUGAUUGUUCGCCUGUUCGCUGCUAAAUAUCCGGAAUACGUUUCCGCCGUUGUACUGUUGGAUGCAUCCCACGAAGAUGAAUUAUUAUGGACCGACGUUCGCACGGGUCAUUCAGCUACCUUGGAAUGGGCUAUAAGGAAAUGGCAAUGGUCAUGCACGUUAUAUGACUUUGUCUGGUUAGUCCUAGAGCCUUUAGGUAUUGAUCGCUUCGUGCCGAUUUGGAGCAUUGGUGAUGAAGGCUGGUCAACCUAUAGUGAGGCAACAAAGGCUGGGCUAUUAAAUGGACGCGCUCUUCAGGCAAUUUCCAGUGAAGUUCGUCAUUUGGUCACGCUAUCCGCAGAUCAAGUCCGGUCCACUCGGCCAUCCAGAUUCACUGAAGACGAAAAACCCACAACCUCACGCCAGCUUUUAUUUCCACCCGACUUGCCUGUUUCUGUUGUCACAUCUACGGAAUUGGGAUGUCAGUUCAAAGAGUGCCAAGAUAGCGAAGAAGAAACCAAAAAGGCGUGGAAUGAGCUUCAAAGAGACCUCGCUUACAAUUUGUCCUUAGUAAGCGAAUGGAUCGUUGCUCCUAAUACACCUCACAUCCUCUGGCGAAGUAAAGAAGGUGCAGAGACGGUGAAGGACGUUGUAGUGAGGAUGGUAUCUACUCUUCGUAUAUAGUUUUGUAUUUUGGGACAUUAAAGAGACCUAUGACAUGAAUAGAGUUAGGUUUAUUCUCUUCCGCCACACAGCUUAUGUUUUCUCGUGUAAACUACAUUUCUCGUGCAUUCUACCGAACUUCCAGUGUUGCGAGAUCGGCUGGUGUGGUGCAUGG